ACAGGUCUUCAGAAAAGCACAGAAAAAAAGCACAAGAGUGGAAGAGCCUCAGCACAAAGGAAAUGUUGUUUUGAAGGAGCAGAGUGCAGGAACAAAUUCUGACGACAUGAUAACAUAUUUAUUCAGAAAUCUCCUGUGGCUUCCCGAGCGUCAUGUCAGUAGCUUCGCCUUCUUCCCCAGGUGGGCCCAAUGGUAUUAUUAGAAGUCAGUCUUUUGCAGGAUUCAGCGCCCAGCAGGAAAGAAGAUCUAGGUCUCACUCAUUCAUUGCAAAUAACGGAGCUCUGAGGAAACCACAAGGAAAACUAAAGAAAAUGAAUGCUUCAUCCUAUAAGAACAAUUGUACACCCAAAGAUGUGGAGCCAAAGCGAAUGGAGGAAGUGUACAAGUCUCUGAAGAUAGGACUAACUGAAUACCUGGAAGUGCAUAAUGCAGAACUGGACAAGCUAACUACUCAGCUAAAAGAUAUGAAGCAUAACUCCAGACUGGGUGUCAUGUAUGAGCUGGAUAAGCAAAUCAAAGCAAUUGAGCGAUAUGUCAGAAGGCUGGAGUUCCACAUCAGCAAGGUGGAUGAGUUGUAUGAGACAUUUUGCAUCCAGAAAAGGCUUCGAGAUGGAGCUUCCAAAUUGAAACAGGCCUUCGAAAUGUCUCCUUCCACUAAGGGUGCUCGGGAAAGCCUAGCAGCGAUACAGAAGAGCUACAAAGAAAACACAGAGGCGUUGUGCUCACUGGAAGGAGAGAUUGGAAACCUGCUGGGAGAAUUUCACAUUAAGAUGAAAGGUUUAGCUGGCUUUGCACGUCUGUGCCCAGGAGAUCAGUAUGAGAUCUUUAUGCGCUACGGACGUCAAAGGUGGAAAUUAAAAGGCAAAAUAGAAGUGAAUGACCGACAAAGCUGGGAUGGAGAGGAGAUGAUUUUCUUACCUCUGAUUAAUGAAUUCUUCUCAAUUAAGGUGUCAGAGUUGAAGGGAUUGGCUACUCAUCUCCUGAUUGGAAGUGUCAUCUGUGAAACUAAGGACCUGUUCACAGCCAGACCACAAAUGGUUGCCGUGGACAUCAAUGACCUUGGAACUGUUAAAUUAAACCUUGAGGUCACGUGGUAUCCAUUUGACAAGGAAGACCUGACUCCAUCCACAGGCAAUCUAUAUAAAGCCUCCAGUGUGCAAAGACGAUGUUCCAUAUACAGCCAAAACACCCCAGAAACACCCACCUUUGAAGAAUUCUCCUUCUUUUCUUCACAGCUUGAGGAUGACAUCUUUGAUAAUGAGAACUCGACCAGUGAGUCCGUUUCAUUUAGCCACAGUUACCUUGCAAAUGGUACGUGUAUCAGCCAGCCCAGUCUGACACCCGCUAGCCGAGUUUACUCCAAUCCUGAAAUCACAGUGACUCCACCCGAUAUUCAAAACAAAGACUCCGAAUCUCAGAUUCCAGUUGCUGAGGCGAAUGACAUAUCAAUAUCAGAAAGUGAAACGGAGAGAACUGGUCAUACAAAUGCACUUCAAUCUGACCAAGGAGAAGAGGUAACAGAUAUUGGAGACCUGUCAUCUGUGCAAGUAGGAUGCCAGCAACAGGGAUCCAGCCAAGAAACUAACAUAUUUUUAGAAUCCAAAGACACGGUGGGAAUCCUUCAAGAUUCAGACGAGCUGUCUGACCUAAAACCUGUUGAACUGGAUGCAUAUGAAGGAAAUCUAACCAAACAACUAGUGAAGCGAUUAACCUCAACAGAAAGGCUACUGACUCCAGAUGGACAGGAAUGUGAUGCCUUUCUAUCGAACGAAUAUGAAGGGACCAGGUCAGUGUCGGAGAUGAGCCUGGAGGAAGCUCUGCAGGGUCUUCUUCUAUCGUUGGAGCCGCACAAAGAGCAAUAUAAAGAACUUCAAGAUUUGGACCAAGAAGUCAUGAGGCUUGAGGACCUGUUAAAGUGCAAACCGAAUACAAACAGAAGCAGAUCUUCCAGUUUAAGUCUGACCGUUGAAAGUGCUUUAGAAAGCUUUGACUUCCUAAACACAUCAGACUUUGAUGAGGAUGACGGUGGUGACCACGAUGCCAACUCUGAAUGUUCUGACAUUGAGGCUCAGAAAACCAUUUGCUCAGAGCACCCAGAUGCCAGGGGUCAUCUCAGUGAGGCACUGACAGAAGACACGGGCGUUGGCACUAGUGUUGCUGGGAGUCCUCUUCCACUUACCACUGGAAACGAAAAUCUCGACUUAACUAUUGUCAAACACUUACAGCACUCUGAAAAGCUUUUUCAGCAACUUCUAUCAUUUGAAGAAUGGCCAGUCAUUCGGGACAGCCUCCUGGCUAAGAUUUCCCAGCAAACCCGUGUACUUGAAAAUCUGGCUGAGCUCAGCACAGAGAAACCAGGAAAUAUUAACCCUGCAUUAGAAGUUAUUCCACAGUUAAAGAAAAAUCAGGCUUUACUCUCUAGCUGGCUCGAGAGUUCCAGCUCAGGAAAUACAUUUUACGCUCCAACGGACAGAUUGAUAAAACAAAUGAGUUUCCAUUUUGGCAAAAAUGUAAACGAAACCUGUCCAGGUCACUCUGAAACAGUCUUUCGAACCAUUGUGAAUCAGAUGCUGGAUAAAUCUGAGUUGUUCACUGCCCCUGAGGCACAGGAAGUGAUAACUGUCUGCCAGUUUGUUAACUAUUUAUCAAAUCACAACAUAUCUGAUUUUGGAGAUCACCUGACGCAGCUGGCAAAUGAAGUUGUGCUGCAGCAGACUCUUCAUUCCUUGCAACCAGAAAAGACACGAGAGACAUUGGAGGAGCAGCCAGCUCAGAGCCUUCAACCUUUAGAGGAGACCUUAAAGGCGAUAGCUUUCCUUCUACUGGAGAUGAACAAUGACCUAGUACAAGCUGCCACUUCUUUCCUCACCACAGCAUCAACAAACAACAAUUUCAGAGAAAAGGCUUUGCUCUAUUACACCAAGGCACUGACCCAACCCAAUGUAAAGAUCCAAAGGGCUGCUUGCACAGCACUAAAAUGUAUUAAAGCUUGUGAAAGCAUUGAUAUAUUGGUGAGUUUGUGCCAAUCUGAAAGAGAACUCCUCCGGCAAGCCGCUGCUGAAUCACUCCUCUCGCUAGGAGAAGAAGGCUGCUUGGCUUAUGAGCAGUUGGACAAAGUCCCUCAGGAUAUGGUGCAACUUGCAGGAAGACGAGGAAAUGCAGUCAGCACUGCCUUUUGAAAGGGAACGCUGCACCACACUUCAGUAUUACAACCCACCCAUGUGGAUGGAUGUUGCACAAACUCUGCAUUGAGGGUGAAAGAUGCUAGUGGCAAUGUCCAGGAGAACCAGAACUGCUCACUCUGAAUCAAACACCUUUCACUUGGCAGUUUGCCUUCCCCAACAACAGUCAAACACACAUGACAUCAUCCAAAGAGGAAACAAUUGAAUCAAUGAGUUAUUUCAUUCAAACAUUUUACCAAAGUUGUUCAAACUCCACGGAAAUCACUUUAUUUUGUGUUUAAUUUAUUUAGAAUUAAGUGAAAUGUUUUAACUACUGAAUUUUCCAUUUCUUAUUGUUUUUUGAGAUCACACUGGCAUUACAUUUUUUUUUAAUUUGCACAUUUUUGACUUGAGUUAUCAGGGUACGCCAUGUAUAUAGUGCAGCUCUGGUUAAUAUAUUCUUACAUUCUUUUAGCUUUCUGCUGUCCCAUGGCCAUGUUUUGGCCGAAUGGGUGAAACAAAAGCCAAAAAGAUACUGGGUCUGUAUGAAAGGUGAGUGCAGUGCAAUUGGGAGUGGCCCUUUAAAGUUUGCAUCCAUGUCAGAUGCAAUGUUUCAGCCACUAGGAUUUAGAAGCAAAAAAAAAUUCUACAGACGAUGACAAUCAUCACCUGAAUAAUGCAGUACCUAUAGAUCUUGUAUGUGUUUCAUGCUUAAAAUACUCUUCCUACAAAGCACGAUCUCUCCUCCAAAUAUGUUGUACAUGAAGCUGAAAGGUUGGUCUCAAUAUAUGCCAGAGAUGAUAGAUUUAAGAGUGUGAGACUGUGGUACUAAUUUAUAAAAAAUGCAGAUCAGGGUUUACCUGCAGAAUGUCAGAACGAACAAAGACUGAGAGUUACAUCACCUACAAAUGAAUAAGUGCAGUUAUUAAAGAGGCAUAUCUCUGGCUCAGAUACGAUGUUGUAACUAGUCUGUUUGAAAUUUCAAUUUCCUUGCCUUGUCUUUCGGAGGAAAAAACAUCAAGUUCUUUGUUUAUCUAGGUGGCAUUUUUAAAAUAAAAUUUCAAGGAUGCAUUUUGUCCUUCUUACAACAUCUUCAUUGCUGAGGGAAAAAGUCACAGAGCUGUUCACAGAAGUUUUCAAAGCCUCUGAAUACAGAGUUUAUCCUGGUGGCCUGGAGGAUUGCAAAUGUAACGCCAUUGUUUCAGAAAGAGGAAAUGAUAACCUUGGAAACUACAGAUCUGUCAGUUUGACAUCAAGAGUGGGAAAACUGAUGAAGGCCAGAAUAUGGGAUAUUUUGAAUAUUCACUUAAAAGAAAGAUAAUACUAAACUAUCAACAUGGCUUUGUCAAGGGCAUGUUUGUUGGCAAAUUAAAAAUAUUUGGGAUCGAUGGGUCCUUGGCAGUAUGGAUUAGAAGUUGGCUAAAAGAUAGGAAAAAGAGGGUAGGUAUAGAGUUUGGAGAUGAGUUGAAAAUGGUGUUCCCCAGGGAUUGGUGUUGGGAUCUUUGCUGUUUCUUAAUUAUAUAAAUGAUUUGGAGCUGGGCAUAGGGGGCAAAAUCUAUACAUCUGUAAAUGAUAUUAAGCGAGGAUGAGUAGUGAGUUGUGAGGAUGAUGCUGAACAGCAGGGCAUUGGCAAGUUGGCAAAAUGGGCAGUCACUUGGCAGAUGAAUUUCAACGCAGAGAAAUGUGCAGCAAGGCAUUUUGGUAGAAGAAAUAUGGAGAGAUAAUACAGGCCUCAAUGGUACAACUCUGAGUGGUGUACAGGAGCAGAGGGAUCGUGGGGUUAAUGUACAUGAUUAUCUGAAAGUGGCCAAGCAAGUUGAAACAGUUGUUUAGAAGGCUUGAAGAAUCCUUUGUUUUAUAAGUAGAUACAAUGAGUAUAAAAGCAAGGAAGUCUUGCAACACCUCUGCAAAUCAUCGGUCAACCACAUUUAGAGUAUUGUGGUCAGUUCUAGCCAUUUUAUUUAAGGAACAACCUUGGUGGGGCGGUCAAAGAAGAUUUACUAAAGUGAUGUCAGGAAUGAAAGGUUUUAGAUACAAGGAGAGAUUGGAGAAACUGGGCUAUUUUGCUUGGAGCAGGGAAAGUUAAAAGGUGACCUUAUUGAGGUGUUCAAAAUUAUGAACAAUUUUGACAGGAUAAAGAAAGAUAUUCUGUUUCCACCAGUUGUGAGACAGUAACUGGAAGUCACAAUUUCAAGAUUAUUAGCAUGAGAGCUGAGAAUGUGAUGAGGAGAAACCUCUUUAUUGACAGAGUUGUUAGGAUUUGGAACGCACUGCCUGAGGGAAUGGUGGAGGUGAAUUGCACGUGGAUACAUAUUUGAAAGUGAUGAAUUUGGAGGGCUACAGAGAUAGGACUGAAGAAUGGGACUAGCUGAGUAGCUGUUUUUGAGUUUGGUACAGUCAUGAUGGUUUGAAUGGCCUCCAUCUGUACUGUAAAAUUCUGUGAUUCACAUCAAAAUGAAAAUUUAUUUCUGUGUGCUGCUGAU